AUGUCGCACGAGAGGAAGAACUCGUGGCUGGGGGGCAGCAUCUCCGGCGAGCCAUCCAGCACCUCUUCUGGCUAUCCAUUCUGGGCGACCUUUAUUCUCACUCAUGCCGAGGCUAAAGCAGCUCGCAGGGCUUUAGCAAAGACUAAACUGGUCUCGCCAUCUCCGCCCGAGUCUGCAGCGCAGACACCGAUCUCUCAACCAGCGACACCCGUGGCGCCAGUUCCUCCACGCAUCGCUGCAUUGUCCUACGCCAUAGCUUCGGGAGCAAAGGAUGAGAGCAGCGGAGACGCACCAAAUCUCUGGCAGCAGGAUGCUGCGCUGCCGCUCACGAGCCGAACUGCCAUCAGGGCUUUCCUUCUGGGAUACCUGGUCAAUACCGCGCUCGAGUCGCUCCUGCCAGCAGUCUUGCGCAAGAAGAGGUGAGUACACUGCGAGGAGAUUGAAUGGUAGUGCUCACGAGGGAUGCACGUGCCUGCACGCAUGCCAAUAGCCUCCAAAAUAGUGUCCGAUGGCUGACGCUCAUGCAUCUCUUUGCUGUUGCCUUCCACAGUCCCGCAGAUGCUCUGCGAUCGCUGGCCUCCCGCACUUCUGCACGGGUAGGCGGUGCACUGGCGCUUUACGCACUAUUUUACCGCACUCUGGUUCAGGCGCUUUCUCUUGUCCGAGCUCGCGCUUUGGUUCUGCUUCCCAAGCCUCUCUCAAAAGACCAGCUCAUCACUCACCGAGACAAGGCCCUUGCCUCGGUCCUGCGUCUUUUGCGCUCGGCAUCGCUGGUCCCUCUCGCAGCAGCGAUCAGCUCAAUUCCAGCCCUGACUAUGCUACCAGGUGCAGCGGAAAGUGCUUUCCCUCGUCAGGACAUUGCGGUGGAUCUCAUGUCCAAAGCCAUCGUAGCAUCCUACCACGAAAGUCGGAGAUUAAAUAGCCCACUCACGCGCUGGAUACCUGGAUGGGUCAACAGCACGCUGCUCUACGCCGUUAGCAAUGGUCAGCUGCUCCACGCCUUUGUCUUCGAUAGCGACUGCUUCCCGAAAGGCUACGGGGAUCUGAUCAUGGCACGCUCUUCGGCUUACGUGCCGCCUCGGCCGCAGCAUCUGGCAGACGACAUUCCAUGGCCGAGCGGACGAACAGUCGUGGAUAACAUCGCUGCGCUCUCGACACCCAGCAAGACAGCAUCGGCAUAUCCUGCGUUCUCCUCACCUCUGCUCUCGGCUCUCACUCCGUCCAAACACCCGACCAGCCCAUACGAUGCGAUCAACCCGUUGCUGGACUAUGCGCCUGCUCACCCCAGCCAUGCCAACUUGCUAUGCGCAGUUCUACAUCCUCGCGACCCGAGUUGCUCAAACAACUUCGUCUCUUUCUGGAAGCGAGAAUGGGUGGCGAGCGCCAAGUUCGUCGCUGCAGUCAUGGCCGUCUUGAACCUGAUCGGCAUCAAGAAAGUGAUCAAGGAUCCAGAGACUGCCAUUUUUAAGUAUGGCAUGGCUGUCCUGCAAGGAGCCACGCUCAUCAGCGGCAGUAUUGGAAGCGCUUGGGCUUUGAUAUGUUUCUUCCAGCACUGGCUGCCACGAAAUCUGCUCCCUCAAGCGAGGUACUUCCUUAACGGCUUUCUCAGCUCCAUCUUCAUCUUCGCGGUCCCUCCGGCCAGAAGACAACAAUUGGGCAUGUAUGUGGGACGUCUCUCUGCAAAGAGCUAUUGGGCUACGCUGGUGAAGCACAAGAGAGUCAAGCCCGUCAAGAAUGGCGAGGCUCUACUGUUGGGAGCCGCGCUGGCCAUCUUGGCGACGCUAUACGAAGCCAGACCAGAAGCUUUGUCGGGCGGUAUGAAGGGCUUCUUGUCGCGCAUUGUUGGACCACGUCAGGGAGGUAGCCUCGGCCUCGAAGCUGCUCCAGAUGCCAAUGUGCUCGGUAAAGACGGCAACGGUGGGUCGAAUGGAAACGGAAAGAAAGCACGCUUUGCGCAGUGA